GUUAGUUCAGUUACUGGAACCACCACAAUUGGACAUUCUUGCACCUUCAUUUUUUUCAUUUCACCGAUCGACGAAAACCGAAAUGAACACGAUCACGAUUGUAGUUUUGGCGGUGUUUGUCUUCUCACAAUGGUCGACCACUGCAGCUGUGGUUCCCACAUAUCCAACGGAAAAACCAAAGGCCCCGGUGCCAGCGCAACUAUUGAGAAACGACUACGUCUACGAUAAUAGCGGACAGUUUAGCCUAAACUAUCAGGUGGAUGACGGGACAUCACAGACUAGGGAAGGAACGUUGGUGUUGAACGACGAAGGAGACGAUUACGUUUUGAUUCAGAAGGGCUCAUAUUCAUACAUUUCUCCCGAAGGCAUUAAAGUUACAGUGACGUACACAGCCGACAAGGAAGGUUUCAAGAUUGUCGAAUCUAGCAACGACGUGCCCGCCAGAGUCUAGCCGGAAAGUCCACAGUCAUAGCCCAUAUAGUCAUAUUAUUAUGUCCAUAGUAUCGUUAUAAUAUUGUAGCAGGUUUAGUGCCCGUUUUAUAUUGUUCAUUAUUAUCUUAAACUGAUUAUGUAGUCGUAGUGUAUAGUCGAAACAAAGAAUCAAUCACGUAUAUAGAUUUGAGUGUGCGUGUAAUUACAUAUAAUAUACAGAGUAGGUAAUUAUUAAAACAUUUGGAACGCAUGAUUAAUAUAAAAAAAAAAAUUUUCUCCUUACUUAUGUAUCAUAAUAUUAUUAUAUUACGAAUUACGAUGUAUGUGAGUGUGUAACUUAUUUUGUUCAAUUGUAUCACCAAACAUAAUUUGUGAAAUAAAUUAUUUACCCA